GUGAAGUCCACGUGCAUGAUGUGGAAAUGUGGAUUUAACCAGUGUGAUCUUUACCAUAAUACACACGUGGCUGCAAAGACAAUCAUGUCCAGUUUCUUCUUACCUUCCAAGAGCAAGUCCAGAGACAAGAAAGCCAAAAAGCAACAGAAAUUGAAGAAGAAACAGGAUGGCAAGACGUCUGCGACUGGUGCAAAACGGAAAAGAAGGCCAGAGACAUUUAAUGAAGAGAUAGAAAGUGAUUCAGAGGUCGAAGGUGAUGAUGUCAGGAAGGGUUUAACAGCUCUCAGCUCAGAGGACGAGUAUGAUGUGGAGACUGCUCCAGAGAAGAGGCUGCGGCUUGCCAAAGAGUACCUUUCCAAUCUACAGGAAGAAGAAAGAGCCAAGACCGAUGAUGCUGACUUUGACCAAGAUGCAAUUGCACAUCGCUUAAGAGAUGACAUGUUGGAGCAAGCUGGAAGGUUGCAAAGAAAAGUUGCUGAUAAGUACAUUGCCCCUGAUCCUGGUGAUAUUCGUAAGCUGAGAGGCCAUCGACUGCCGGUGACUUGUGUGGUCGCCACACCCGACGAUAAGUAUGUCUACUCUGGAGCAAAGGACUGUUGCAUCAUCAAGUGGCUGGUAGAAACAGGAGUGAAGGAGGUGAUAUUCUCUGGCCACAGAAAGGGUGUGGAGGGAGUAGUGGGACACACUGGUCACGUCCUCGCUCUGGCUGUCAGCUCGGAUGGGAAAUUCCUAGCAAGUGGUGGCCAGGACAGAGUUGUUCAUGUUUGGGACGUCAAGACCAACUCUCAUGUACACACAUUCACAGGGCACAGGGACACUGUCUCUGGGCUGUCCUUCCAAAGAGGCACUCAUGAGUUAUUCAGCUGCUCUUUUGACAGGACUUUGAAAGUAUGGAACCUUGAUGAAAUGGCCUACGUAGAAACGCUGUUUGGACAUCAAGACAGUGUGUCGUCCAUCGACUGUAUGCUCAGAGAGCGACCAAUCAGUGCAGGGAUGAAUGAUCGGAGCGUGCGGAUAUGGAAGGUGGCAGAGGAGUCACAGCUUGUCUUUCAUGGGCACAAGUCGUACAUUGAUGCAGUGCGAUACGUAAACGAUGAGUAUUUUAUCUCCGGAUCCCAGGAUGGUAGUGUUGCUCUGUGGAAUGUAAUGAAAAAGAAGCCGAUGGCCACUCGUCCCCACACUGCUCACAAGGGUCACACUGAGCACUGGGUCACAGCUGUUGCUGCCUAUACCAACACAGAUUUGGUUGCAUCAGGGUCCAACGAUGGUCAGGUGUGUGUGUGGAAGUGUGGAGAAGGAUUUCGUUCUCUGGAGCCAUGUUUCUCCAUACCUCUGAAUGGCUUUGUAAAUUCCCUGAUGUUCUCUCACGGCGGUACGUUCCUGGUGGCAGCCAUAGGGCAGGAACACAGACUGGGACGAUGGUGGACAGACAAGUCAGUCAAGAACACUAUUGCUAUCAUACCACUAAAACACUCUGUCUAGUGAGCUAUGGUGCUAGCUUUUCACAGUAAAUUUAAUGUGCAAUCAAUAUUAUUUUCUGCAUUAGCACGAUUAUCAGUGUUCAGUCCAAUGGUGAUUAUUCAUCAGCCUCUGAAGUCUCUAUAGUCACUAUUAGUUGUUCACUGCAAUAAUUCGAAGAUGA